CCCCUCCCGCCCCUGCGGCCUGCCACCCCGACCCUGCUGGCCAGGGUACGCACCUGAGUCGGCUCAGUCGCUCCUCCGCUCUCGCCACAGCUACGACUCGCGCGGAAUGAACGCAGUUUGCUGAAUUCUUUUUCUUUCGUCCGAAUCUUCUCGAAUGGCGGCGGCGAUAGUGGUACUGGGCCUGGUGGCCCUCGUGGGCCCGCCGGCGGCCCUCGGCCUCGACAACGGACUGGUACGCACGCCACCUAUGGGCUGGCUCGCGUGGGAGCGCUUCAGGUGCAACACUGACUGCAAGAACGACCCUGAAAACUGCAUUAGCGAGCGGCUGUUCCGAACAAUGGCCGACUUGGUGGUGUCCGAGGGCUACUCAGCCGUCGGCUACGAGUACAUCAACGUGGAUGACUGCUGGCUGGACAAGGAGCGCGGUGCCAACGGUCAACUGCAGCCUGACUACUCGCGCUUUCCAAACGGAAUGCGCGCUCUCUCCGACUAUGUGCACAGGCUCGGUCUUAAGUUCGGAAUCUACGAGGACUACGGCAACUACACGUGCGCCGGCUACCCUGGAAUCCUUGGCAGCCUGGAAUUAGACGCCCAAACGUUCGCCUCUUGGAACGUCGAUUACGUCAAACUCGACGGCUGCUACUCGCACCCGAAAGACAUGGAUAGAGGGUACCCUGAGUUCGGCUACUUCCUGAACAAGACCGGUCGGCAAAUGGUGUACUCGUGCAGUUGGCCAGUGUAUCAGAUUUACGCGGGCAUCGCGCCAAACUUCUCCUCCAUCAUCGAGCACUGCAACCUGUGGCGCAACUUUGACGAUAUCCAGGACUCGUGGGCCAGCGUGGAGAGCGUCAUCGACUACUACGGCGACAACCAGGACGCCAUCAUCCCCAACGCCGGCCCUGGUCACUGGAAUGACCCCGACAUGUUGAUCAUCGGCAACUUUGGGCUGAGCUACGAGCAGAGCAAGACCCAAAUGGCGAUUUGGGCCAUCAUCGCCGCUCCACUGCUCAUGUCGGUCGACCUGCGCACCAUCCGACCAGAGUUCAAGGCGAUUCUGCAGAACAAAGGCGUCAUCGCGGUCGACCAGGACCCACUCGGCAUCCAGGGCCGCCGCAUUUACAAGAAAAGCGGCAUUGAAAUCUGGUCGCGGCCGAUCACCCCGCUGCAACAGAACUAUUUCUCCUACGCCGUCGCCUUCCUCAACAGACGUACCGACGGCACCCCCUCCGACGUCGCCGUCACCCUGCAGGAGCUGGGACUCGCCUACCCUGGAGGUUACGCUGUCGAGGAUCUCUUCGAGGAAGUGAGUUAUGGAGUGCUCUCGCCAGAGACCAAAAUCAAAGUCAAAGUGAACCCGUCAGGCGUCGUCAUCCUCAGGGCGAACAUCCACCUUCCAAGAUUUCAGUCGCAGAACCAGAAAACCGUCUACGACCCUUACCAGCACGUUUUCCGCACCACGGCGCGGCCGAAUUUUUAACCACAGCAGACUGUGAUAGACCACGAGGACUUGCGUCUUGACGAAAGUUACCAAGAUUUUUGUUGAAGAAGCGUUUUUAUGCUGUAAGGACCCAUAGGAAGAGAAAAAGUGUGUGCAGUGUCAUUGACCAGAGUGCACAUCUAGUUCCUAAGCAAAAGUGUAGUGUCAGCAUAUUGUUUUAUGUACUUUAAAAGAUACUAUUAGAUAUGUGAUUAAAAAUUGAUUUUGCAUUAUUAAGAGUUAAGCAGUCGCAUAUGUACUUGUUAAUAUAAUCUUUGUAAAAUUUAAGCUGUGUGCAAAGUUUUGUAAUGAUCAAAAUGAAUUUUUAAAUUAUUGACAGAGAUAA